GGAGGGCAGACUGUGGUCCACACACACACACAUAUACACAGUGCUGGAGUUUUUGUUGUCGCUGGUCGACAGACUUCUUCUCAUCUUCUCAGGUGAUGAUUUCCAUCCACUAGUCGUAGCUCCAUCACCUUCUUCAUCACAGACUGUGGAGAUGAGAUCCUCUGGAGGAGUUUGGUUGGAGAUGGUUCUGGUGUUUUACAUUGCUGCCGUCCUUCUCACACCUUACGUGAGGGCCCAGGCCAGUGUGCAGGGUGUAGUGGUGGAGGCCAGGAACAUCACACUUCGCACAGGAUCGAAAGCUGUAUUACCAUGUCACAACCAGCAGAUGAUCUGGAGACGAGACAGUCUCCGGGACCGGCAGCGCGUGGUGCACUGGGACCUGAUCCAGAACCGGCCCGAUUACACAACAGAGCGGGUUCUAGACUUGAACUCAGGAGGAACUGAACGCGUUUAUAACGCCUACAACAAGGGCAGAGUCACCAUCUCCAAAGACGCCUUCAGUGACGGGAACUUCUCCCUCAUCAUCCACAACGUCGACAUGAACGAUAAAGGCAUCUACACCUGCAACCUGCACCACCAUUACUGCAAGAUCCACCAGUCCAUUCAGAUCCAGCUCAACGUCACUAAGUCCGCUCGUAAGGAGAAGCGAGUGUGGGACGGGGAGAAGUCCGUGUUCGUGGUGCUGGUGGGCAGCAGUGUGGUUUUACCCUGCGUGAACCGCCGCCCCCUCUGGAGGGAGGGCGUCCGGGAGGAGGGCCAACAGCAAGUGGUCCACUGGGACUUCCAGGCUCCGGGUGUGACCCGCGACCGCGCCGACCGCCUCAUCGAUCUCUACGCCUCCGGGGAGAAGCGGAAAUACGGGCCGACGUUUCUCCUCAGCAAGAUGAACAUCUUUGCCGAGGCUUUCAGCGUGGGGGAUUUCUCCCUCACUCUCUCUGACAUUCAGCCUGCUGAUAAAGGCCUGUACUCCUGCCACCUGCACCACCACUACUGCGGCCUGCACGAGAGACGCAUCUUCAGGGUCAUCGUGGAGCCUCCUGUGCCUGGCCUUCCCCCCGCAGAGACACCCACUGAACCUACUCAGCCUACUCAUCCCGAAACCCCCAAACAAGUUCCUCAGCAGCAGGACGAUGACCCUGAUACCAAUAUGGUGGAGUCAUCCCACGUCUUCAACGUCAUCUUGCCAGAGAGCCGGACUCACCUGCUGCACCAGGUCGGCUACGUCCUUGCUUUCUUCCUGCUGCUUCUGCUCAUGCUCAUAGGACUCAUCAUGACCACGAGGCAGUGCAGGAAGAAAGGAGGGAUGGAGGCUGAUUUCAGAAGGUCUGGCAGGAAUGAGAGGACUGAAAUUGAGUUGGAGUUACAAGCCACUGAACUGAGACCCUACAGUCAGGAAGACCUCCGACUCGACUACAAGAAUAACAUAAUGAAAGAGAGAGCUGAGAUGAACAACUAUCCCGCCCCAAAAAUGAUAGAUCUCAACAGAGAAAUGGAAAAACUGUCGCGGAAGUGAGUGUUGGUGAGCUGCUGGCUGGUCCAGGGCGUGCUCUAUGGGAUUAUGGGAUUGAGGAAGACUGCAGAUGUCCGGGUGGAAUCUUUACUGUACAAUCAGAAAUGCUCAUCUGCAGAGUUUCGUUGUGUGUUUUUAGUAUGUCUUUUUUAAUGUUCAAAUCUGGGCUGUUUUAUCCUUGAAGAAAGCUUACUGUAAUGUCAUUGGGAAGUCGUAUUGGGAUGUGUGUACAUGUUUAAAGCUGGAAUUGUGCUCUGGUGAAACAAGUGAAAAUAAUACAAUGUGGUACAUAUAAAGCAAUAAGGUAAAGCGGAGGAUAUGAAAAACUUAAGUGUAUCGACUAAUUCGGUGUUAUAGACAGUCUGCCUUUAUGUUGUGUUGAAAGAUUAGCACAUGCCUCCUGCGAUACAUGUGAGGUCAGACUCUGCCCUUUUUUCCAACUGCUGUUGAUGCAGCAUCACACCUACCCAUACAGAGAUUGCAUCACCAAUCAUACUCGCUCAUACUCCGACUGCUGAUGGCAGUCAGCCUGAUCUUCUGAUCAUACUAUAUACUAUAUACUAUACUAUAUAUAUAUGGUAAAUUUACUACUUUGUUAGUGCAGUUCAGUUUCCCCAAGAAUCAGGUGAUAAUACAACUUACAUUCACAAUUUUUUAUGGCACUUCAACUACAAAGCACUUGAAUAUGAUGUACUUCACUAACACAUGACUAGAUCAGGGAUCUUAACCUUUUUUUUACUGUGCUACCCAUUUUUAAGGUUUAAAAAUUUUCACCACCCCCUGCCCUUUUCAAAAACAAAUGCUUGGCAGCAAUGUGUUUUAAAAAUUAAUCGGUCUUAAGGAGUUUAGAGUGCCUGUUUUAAUAAAUAUAUUGAUUUGAUGCUACUUAUACUUAUUGCUAUAAUGUGUCACAAACCAAAAUGACACUAUAUUUUGCAAUAUCGAUAUUUUGUCCCAUCCGUAGUACAUAAGUGUAGAAAAUCCUGAUUUGCAGAGAAAUUCAAGAGUCUGGCAUAUUGUCUUUACCUUUCAUAUUUUUUCAUUAAUAAAUGAAAUCUGUUCAUUUGAAGUAAGGAAACAUAUCAGUCCUGCUAAAACAAAUUAUAAAUAUUUCCUAACCUUUAAAAAACACUUUUAUUGUGGUUAUUUACGCCUCUGCAGAGCCCUCUUAGGUUGAACUGUGCUGUAGGCGUGGAUGAUGUUUUCAUGUACUUUCAAUAACACCGCCCCCCCCUGCUGACAUCCAACCAUCUGCGUCUCACCGCUAUCAGAGGCAUACUACUGCUGCUGCUGCAGCUCAGCCAAUCAGCUCUUCCUCCUGCCCCACCUCUAAACCCAUACAUCACCCAGCAGUGCCCUCAACAAACUACCCCUCCCAUUUUUCUGAGUGUGGAGUCAACUAAAAUCAGAGGGUUUAGUUACCCUUUAAACAGUAACUAUAUCUGAACCCUCUUAGGAGUUGCUACCCCAGGUUAAGAACCCCAGGACUAGAAGUAACUUGUAGUUUAACCAAAUUUGAUCCUACACAGGUUCUCACCUGGCAGUAUUUUCAGGUGUGGCUGUCUGGGUUUACUGAAUCACACUAGAGAUUUACAGAAAUCCGAGAAUCCAGAGAAUAAUAUUAAUAAUUUGCUAUAAACUCAGGUAAUUGAAAUACAUUUGUGAUUCCAGGACCAUGAACCUCAGCAACCUGCAGUGAUAUCUACUUAUGUACAUAAUCUGGUAUCUACUUAAGUACAUACAUAUUCUGCAUAUUUUACUGCUAUUUGUCCAUGUAACCUUUUUUUAAUAUUUUUUAUUUGAUAUUUUGCGCACACACAAACACAUGCACACGCAUGCACAUAGCACAAUGCAGUUUAUCUGUUGCUGAGAGAACUGCUUCUGGCUUCAUCCACAGCACGCUAGUAUUUUAUGGUUAAAAGUGUAGAAACAUAUACAUUAUAUAGACUGGACUGGAGAAAUCUCAGUGAUAAUGUGUAUCUAGUUUUGCAUUUAUCUCUUCCUAUCAUUUAUUGUAUCCUAAUGACCAAGUUUUCCAAAGUUUGCGUUAUAAUGAAUGCAAUUUAACAUGAGGGUGACUGAGGGUUUUGGGGAACUAUGAAAUGACUCAGUAUAAUCACAUCUCUCUGCAGUCUUUGCUGUUGUUUCAAUGUAUUGUAUGUUGUAUUUUUAUUGCUUAAAAAAAGGGCUUUGUGCAAAUUUUUCAAUGUAAUAAACUUUAUUUUUAAAUAAUCAA